AUAGAUGGGAGACCAGGGCUUUUCAGAGCCUCUUAUCUGAUUGUGGAAACAGCACUUAAGAGCCCUUGCCCCCGCGCCACUGCAGCUGAACCUUGGCACUUCAGGGCACCAACUUUACCCGGCUCGGCUCGCAGCGUGAGAAAGUUUUGCACACCACCGCUCCGAUCGGGCGAAGGGGGAUCGGGUUGUUUUCAUCUCAGGUUCCACCACCCGUCCAGCCAACGUGGACCCAGCCUGCGAACUGUCCCUCUUCCUCGGGGCUCAAGGCUUCUCCAGUAUUUGGAGUGUGCGGGGGAGAAAGGCUGAUAAGUGAGCCCAGGAAUCAGAAGGGCUAAUAAACACUCCGGUGUCCCUGGUGGAGAUAGAGGCAGGAUCUCAAUCACAAAAAUCCCACGGUGAUCAUUGAAUGAAACAUUUAACAUUCCUAGAGAUGACUUCUGCCACUAAGGUGUAUUACAGCCAGACCACCCAGACCGACAGCCGCCCCCUCAUCGGCUCCGGCCUGCGCAAGCGGCGCGUGAUGACCAAGGACGGCCGGAGCAACGUGCGGAUGGAGCACAUCGCUGACAAGCGGUUCCUCUAUCUCAAGGACCUGUGGACCACCUUCAUUGACAUGCAGUGGCGCUACAAGCUGCUGCUCUUCUCCGCCACCUUUGCCGGCACCUGGUUCAUCUUCGGGGUGAUCUGGUACCUGGUGGCCUUGUUGCAUGGGGACCUACUGGAGUUCGACCCCCCGGCCAACCACACCCCGUGUGUCAUGCAGGUACACACGCUGACUGGAGCGUUCCUCUUUUCCCUGGAGUCCCAGACCACCAUUGGCUAUGGCUUCCGCUACAUCAGCGAGGAAUGCCCCUUGGCCAUUGUGCUGCUCAUCAGCCAGCUGGUUCUCACCACCAUCAUGGAGAUCUUCAUCACCGGCACUUUCCUGGCCAAGAUCGCCCGUCCCAAGAAGAGGGCUGAGACCAUCAAGUUCAGCCAGAACGCGGUGGUGGCCCAACACAACGGCAAGACCUGCCUGAUGGUCCGAGUGGCCAACAUGCGCAAGAGCCUGUUAAUUGGCUGCCAGGUGACCGGCAAGCUGCUCAACACCUACCUCACCAAGGAAGGGGACUGCGUCCGGCUCAACCAGGUCAAUGUGGAUUUCCAGGUGGACACGUCUUCCGACAGCCCCUUCCUCAUCCUACCCCUCACCUUCUACCACGUGGUGGACGACUCCAGUCCCUUGCGGGACACAGCCCUGCGCACGGGCGAAGGAGACUUCGAGCUGGUGGUGAUCCUCAGCGGCACAGUGGAGUCGACCAGCGCCACCUGCCAGGUGCGCACCUCGUACCUGCCUGAGGAGAUCCUGUGGGGCUACGAGUUCAGCCCGGUCAUCUCCCUCUCGGCCAGCGGCAAGUACGUGGCCGACUUCAGCCUGUUUGACCAGGUGGUCAAGGUGUCGCCCUUGUGCUGCGUCCACGAGACAGUGCGGUUCGGGGACCCCGAGAAGCUGAAGCUGGAAGAGACCUUCCGGGAGAAAUCAGAGCGCGAGGGCAGCCCCCUGAGCGUCCGCAUCAGCAAUGUCUGAUCCUGCCCAUCCAACACUGAGCUCCAAGGAGAAUCACUUCAGCCUUUCCGUUUAGCUGGUUGUUUCCCCUGAUCUCUCUCUCUCUCUCUCUUUCUUCGCCUCUCCUUCCUUCUUUCAUUCAUUUCCCCCCUUUCCUUCCAUGUCUCACGGGGCAACUCCAGUGCAUCCACCGGAGGGUGGCAGCUUUAGUUCCCCCAGAGGUGCCACCCCUGCUCUCGCUAGUUCCGGGAGCCCUGGGGCCCAAGGGAGCAGCUGGGAUGCAACUCUUCCUUCCCCCUCGCCAAAGCGUUUUCCAAUCCCUCCUUUUCAGUAGCGUGGUGAUGGCAACAUGACUGUCUGGGAGCACCAGGGCCUCCUGGGGGACAGCUGGUCACCAGCCAGGAGGACUGCAUCCUCCCACCACAGAACACUGAUUCUGUAGGGUGUGUGUGUGGGGGUAACUCUGCCUUCGAACGGACCCCGUCCUCGCCACGCCGGCGCAAGCCUAAUGCCCAGCUAACCUGCCAGAAAAAGACAGAGACAGCGCCAGGUGGCUCCAAAAGAAGCUGGCACCUCCCUCCCCUGCCCAGGACCUAGGAACAUAGCAAUGGCCACACUGGAUCCAACCAAGGACCCAUCUAGCCCACUAGCCUGUCUCCGACAGUGGCCAGCACCAGCGUCCUCAGAGGCUGAAACUCUGUAGCAAUGGAAUAAGCUGGUCGGGGGGAAGUUUUCUCCUGACCUCCGCUGGCCCUGAAGCAGAUGGAAGAGUAAGGAGCUUUGGAAGGGGCUCGCCACCCAACUCUGGAUCUUCUUGUUACACAGAAAAAGGCCCAGUCCUUUUGCAAAUCCUGCUAAG